AUGAUAUCGUCUCGCUCCAGCUCUUCGUCGUCCACUCGGAGCGAAGAGGAAUUGCCGCUCUACGCCUUCGACCACGGCGCUGGCGCCUGGCCACGAUGGAGUAGCAGACCGCAGUCCGUCUUCCUGCGUUACCGUCGUACCCAUCCUGGUGCUACGUUCUUCGGUUCUGCCGCAGUACUGGGGUCACUCUUCUACGUCUUGUCGUCGUCACUCGGCCACAUCGUGCUCUCCACGCAAGCACCGUCAUGGUACACCAACGGCCUCCAGAGCUUCCAUCUCGCAGGAGUACCGGUGCAAUCCAACGCUCUUGAGCCCACCGGCUUCUUCGACAUUACGCCUGGUGGCCUCCCGGACCACCUCAUCGAAUACUCUCGCAUCAGCUCCGAGGACGUCUCCACGAUGCUCGCCAGCACCGACGGCUUCUUUGCACGCGAUUACAGUCUUCACCUCGGUUGGAAUAACAUGCGCUACAUCAUCGAAGCCGCGUUCCUUCAGGCGCGCAUCCUCAACCGUGUCCUUAUUCUACCCUCCUUCGUGUACGCGCGCGCAUGCGAGUACAGCAUCGACGUCUGCGCGGAGUUCGCCGACAUGGUUAACAAGAACGAGGCGAUGAAUACCGGCGUCUGGAGCGACUUGCCGCUGGAACAGCAGAUGGGCUACCGCAUCCCGAUCCCUCUGAUGCUCAACAUCACCGCGAUGCGCGCCGUUCACCCCGUCGUCCUCGUCUCGGACUUCCUCCGCCUGCACGACCUUCCCCUGGACAUCGAGGUCGGCAACGGUCACUGGGGCCGCGAAGCGUACCAUACUCAUGCCCCCAUCCACGGCGCUCCCCUUGGCGCACCGGACCUUUAUGUGGUGAAGAAUGAGUGGUACGACGAGGGCUUCUACCGCGUUGACGUACUUCCCGAGGAUAUGAAGAGGCGCGGUGGAUGGGUGUCCGCCGCAGCGAGUGUCGAUGGGCCCACCGGUCACUGGGAGGAGCGCCAGGAGAACGACGUUUCUCUCCGCAUGCGCGAGUCGUUCGACUCAUGGGGUCACCUGCUUCCGUGGAAGGACGCAAUUGAGACGCUCCGGGUCACUUCCGCCCGCGACACGCACGACUUGGACAACGAGGAGGGCGUCAUGGCAGCACUGCAUGCAAACGGCUGGGAAGUCCUUCAGACAUUCUUGGGUGUACACGACUCGGACGACUCCAAGGCCGUCAUCGAGCUCACGCGCCACGUCGCGCCGCGUUCCUACAUCCGCGGAUGGUACGACGACUACGCCAACGUCAAGGCGCGAGUUCUGCUUCUCGAAGGCGAGGUACACAAUGGUCGCAAGCCCGGGACGAUGCGCUUCACGACUAUCCCCGCGCUGAAGGAGUUCCAGCGCAACGUUCUCUACCACCUUCAGCCGCCUCAGGCCGUGCAGGAUUUGGCUGCUGCUCUCGCGGCGCGUAUGGCGGAGAAGACUGACGGUCGAUUGUGGAUGGGCGCGCACAUGCGCCGCGGUGACUUCGUCACUGCUGGUUGGGCCACCGACAACUCCCCCGAGAACCACAUGCGCGUCGUAAAGGGCCACCUCGCCGGCGGACGCGAGAUCCUCGAGAACCUGGGCGAGAUUCAACCCUACCCCAUCCCUGAGGUCCAGAUCAGCCACGCUCUGCAAACCAGCCCGGCGCCUCAGGCCAGCGACUUCUUCUACGUUGCAACCGACGAGCGGGACCCCGCUGCUCUCGCACACUUCCGCUCGCAAGGCGCUGUACUGCUUCCUGAUCUUCUCACACAGGCGGACCGCCGGACGUUCGGCUGGCCGCUCAUGAUCACCGAUAUUCGUGCGAUCGUCGAGCAGGAGUUGUUGGCGCACUCUGCCUUCUUCACCGGCACGCGCAUCUCUAGUGUUGCGGGUGGUAUCCUCAACAUGCGAGCGGCGCACGGCGCGGAUCGUAGGACUACGUACAUGGAGUGA